CGUGUAUAUAACCAAGAGUACUACAUUACCCAGAAUUCCUUCCGGUUUAAGCGGAAGUUGUUCGUGACGACCUUGGGUAGCACUUGCAAGCAUGGCGAAUAAAGAGCCUAACAGGUUGCUCCAGAACCUAAAGGAUCUCGCUGGACGCAUGUCCUCUGGUUCAAAGGGUGCUGGACUUGGCCUGAAGUUAUUAAUUGGAGCAGGUGCACUUGCUUAUGGAGUCAAAGAGGCCACAUAUACAGUGGAGGGUGGUCAGCGUGCAAUUAUCUUUAAUAGAAUUGGAGGGAUGCAGAUGGAUACAGUCCUCUCUGAGGGUCUCCACUUCAGGAUACCAUGGAUUCAAUAUCCAAUCAUAUAUGAUAUCAGAGCCAAACCAAGAAAAAUAUCAUCUUUAACAGGAAGCAAAGACCUGCAGAUGGUGAACAUCGCAUUGCGUGUGCUGUCACGACCUGUGGCUUCCAACCUUCCUGUCAUGUACCAGCAUCUGGGGAAGGACUACGAUGAGCGUGUGCUGCCGUCCAUUGUAAAUGAAGUUCUGAAGAGUGUGGUCGCCAAAUUUAACGCAUCCCAACUAAUUACACAAAGAGCCCAGGUCUCUCUGCUCAUCCGACGGGACCUCUUUGAGCGCGCUAAGGACUUCAACAUUAUUCUCGAUGACGUGGCCAUCACAGAGUUGAGCUUCAGCAAGGAGUACACAGCAGCUGUGGAGGCCAAACAAGUUGCCCAGCAGGAGGCGCAAAGAGCUCAGUUCUAUGUGGAGAAAGCAAAACAAGAACAGAGGCAGAAGAUCAUCCAAGCUGAAGGAGAGGCUGAGGCAGCCAAAAUGUUAGGGGAGGCUGUCACAAAGAACCCUGGAUACCUUAAACUCAGAAGAAUCAGAGCAGCGCAGAAUAUCGCCAAAACGGUGGCGGCUUCACAGAACAGGGUUUACCUGAGCGCAGAUAGUUUGGUUCUGAAUCUACAGGACGACUCUUUUAACAACUUGUCUCUCGGAAAGAAGUAACCCAUUCAGAAGCCACUCCCAUUCCAGUUGUCAGAGAGUAUAUUACAAGUAACCGUAUAUGUGUCCUUUGAGAUGGCAUUUUCUGAUUGAGUCACAAAUGAAUAUGUCAGUCCAGGGAAGACUCAUUAAAUAUCUAAUGGUUUAGUCCUGGUUCUUCAGUUAGGCAACAGUGUACUGUACCAGAUCAUUUAAUUCUUUUCAACAGUGAUUGUUGUAACAGGAAACGUGUCUUCAUAUGUCAACAUUAGAUGAGCUCAAGGUUGGUUGAGAAAAAAAAAUCCAUCCAUUUUCUUAUGAAUGAUUUAUGUCUUUCAUGAAAAAUAACACACAAUUGUAUACAGUGUGACUCAAAAGGACACCUAAUAAAAACUUUAAUAUUUCCAAUCAGUUGAAGUUCAUAAAGGCUGCACUUUUGACAAUUGACCUAUCGGUAAGCCCCGCCCCCCUUAGUUACUGUUGCUCCCUCGGACAAACAAACGGAGUUGCUCACUGUCUUUCAAUGACAGCUGCAGUGUGAAAACCUUGUCCCACGAUGUUUUUGCACAAUUUUGGACACAGAAGGCCACCAAAUGGAAAUUAAAUAUUCCAUGGAGGGAUUUAUAAAAUAUUUAAAAAUAAAUACGGUGGGUAACUCGAAGCGAGGGUUUACAGAUCACAAUGUAAGCGGGAGAAGUCUCAUAUUACGGUCGGUCAUCACGAUCGCGGAUGACAACAUGCAGGAUCAACACUGUUCAUGUAUCGCAGGGUACGAUUAAAUUAAUGUACAUUUAACCAGUUUAAUAUGGAGAGGUACUGAAAUGUAGACCUUCGUUUGUGUGUUUUUGACCUACACUGUACAAGACGCGAGAACAGUCCGCUAUUUAAGUUUGUACAUUAGCAUGGACUCACUAACUUUAACGGUAGCUAGUUUUAGCCAGAGAUACCUUGCUAAAGCACAAGAUAACAUUAACGUUCUGCUUGAGCAGAUGAAAACUGUAACUUAAUGAGUGUAUGACAACCAGAAAACGAACGUUUUUGUCUUCAUUUGUAUUGGGGUGAAUACUUGGGAACAUUUUGCUGUUUUGUUUGGAUUCAGGAAAUGUAAUAAAAUAAAUUCCAUUGCCCAUCCUCUCCGGAUAUCUCGAAUCAGUAUUACAAGUGCCCCAGGCACAUCGUUUUACCAUUUUUGCUGCACAAUCACCACAAAACCGACGAGAACUCGCGAUCUUCCAAUGCUUUUCUAUGGCGCUGAAACCUAAAGAUGUUAGUGAUGGGUCGUUCUUGAACGAUUCGUUCAUUUUGAACGAAUCUUUAAUGUGACUCGGGAAGAACGAGUCGUCUCAGGGAGUGAUUCGUUCAGUCGCGCAUGCGCAACAUCCUAUAGGUUCUGUACUGGAAUUAGUUCACCUGUUUCGAGUCUUUGGGUUUGAGUCGUUCGUUCAUCACGUGACAGCCUCAUACACUAACCUAUGCAGUCAGAGCCGGAAAGAGAAUUGAUUAGUUCACCUCCCGAGUCAUCGGGUUUGAGUCGUUCGUUCUUUUGUCACGUGACGUGACAGCUUUGGGCAGAGAAAUUAGUUAAUUUACAACCUUCCUUACAAACGGGUGCAUAGUCAUUAUUAUUAUUAUUAUUAUUAUUAUUUACUCGUACAGUUAUGUGAUGCAUUUCUGGUCUCAAAUUAUUGCUUUUAAUUUCUGUCACGAUGGUUCUUUUCCAUAAUACUGAAUGUAGUAAUAAAGAUAAUAAAGAGUUGGUUAUGUUUUAAUUUAAUCUUCAUAAAAUACAAUACCUUGUUGUAUUUAUGUCUUUUGAGUUAACCCUUUAGAUUAGACUAUAGUGUUACUGACUAUAUUUUUGUAACAUAUGACACUUUAGACAUUAACACUGUGUACACACUCUUGAAUUGUUUUUUUAUUGUUUAUUUUUGUGCCAGAAAAAUCUUUAGCAAAGAGGAUAACUAUUCCAAAAUGAAUUAAAACAAUUUAAAUAAAAAAUACAAGAAAAUUAAAAUAUACUAAAGCCACAGAGCCAGAUCAUAACCUUAAUAUUUUAAACUAACAUUAAUCAUUCAUAUUCAAAAUGUUAUUUGCUUUCACUUUAUGUCAUUGUGUCUUUUUUGACCAAUCUUCUUAUACAAAUAUUAGACCAAUAUGUCAAGUCUGCCUAGGAAAAACAAUUAUACCAGCAAAGUCAAAACUGGAGUAAAAAUGAACAAACUAUAAGUGCUUUGUAAUUUUAGGCUUGGAUUUUUUUAUUAUAUAGUUAUAUUAUAUGUUUAUUGAUAGACAAAGACAGUGAAAAAGGACAAAUCAAUCAAUAUUUUAUUUAUAACAGGGUUUUAUUUAUUUAUAAAAUAACACAGAUCCUCAAGAAACAGUAACAAAAACAUAGUGACAGAAAUGAACAGACCUUUCUUUUAUUUCUAGGAAAAUGCUUAUUACACAUAUUUUGAUAAUUUUAUGAUAAUUCUUAAAUAUGAUCCAACAUACAAAAAAAUACAGUUUUACUUUAUGGUAUUUUACUGAUCCGGCAAGUGGUCACGUGACAAAAGAACGAACGACUCAAACCCGAAGACUCGAAACAGGUGAACUAAUCGAUUCUCUUUCCGGCUCUGACUGCAUUGGUUAGUGUAUGAGGCUGUCAAGUGAUGAACGAACGACUCAAACCCGAUGACUCGGGAGGUGAACUAAUCAAUUCUCUUUCCGGCUCUGACUGCAUUGGUUUAAUUUAUGGGGCUGUCACGUGAUGAACGAACGACUCAAACCCGAAAACUUGUCAGAUAAGAGGUGAGGUGAGCUAAUCAAGACCCAGGUAAACGAUGAAUUAAUCUUUUCUGUUUCUUAUAGCAUUAUAGUUUGUAUUGUUUGUAGUGUGAUCAACGUUUGCAUAAGUAGUAGAUGUGUUAGGGAAGUAGCACGUAACAUUUUAAUUAUAUUUUGCUAAAAUGAACGAAAUGACUCGAAAAAAGAUUCGUUCAUUUUGCUGAACGAGACUCAGUAAAAUGAUCCGAACUUCCCAUCACUAAAAGAUGUCGGAGUUCCGGUCCCCGUGCAACUGAUACUCGACUGCUAUUGGCUCAUCAACGUUCUAGGGGAGGGGCUUACCGAUAGGUCAAUUGUCUUGUUGUUUCAGAUUAACCUGGAAUGUUUUAAUUCUAAAAACAUGUUUUCAGUUGUAAAGGUCUUUACACACUGCCUCCGAAACUUUCGUCCGUCAGAAAAAUUCAGAUCGGGUUCGAUUUUCUGCGUUUUUGCAUCAGUAGCAAGUAUUUUGAUAGGAAAGGAUGACAAAUAUGAAAAAACAUACAAAAAUGUCGGACUCCGUGUGCAAGGACCUUUAGUAUGAAACAUUUUUGGUAUUAAACUGGCCUGCCCUAUAAAAGCAUCACUCCACCUGGUUCUGGUUACUUUAGCAGUCUAAUCCUGCUCUGUCUACAUCUCUACUUAACCUUUGAACUGCCUCUUUCCUCCCCCAAACCUCAGUAAAGUAGAGUGGGGCUUGUUUGGUUCUGUUGUUGGCUCUUGUGUGUUUGCGUUCUUUGAGAGGCACCACUGAACAGAUGCUGAGCCUUUGUCAGACUUGCUUAAUCUCUUCGGAAGUUUCUUCUAAAAAAAUAAAUAUGGUUGUUUUGCUCUAAAUUCAUUGGCCAGCCAGCCGAUUAAUCAGAUCAUGGCUCUCAGCAUUGACUAUUAACUCUGCCUUCUUGGCUGUUUACUUUAGGUGUCCACUUCCCUCAUUUCAGUUCCAAAAUUGACCCUUAUCAACUGAAAAGGCACACUUUGAAAAUAAUUAAAUAUUUUGAAAAGUGUUCGUAUAACUUCAGCAUAAUGUUUAAUGUAGUAUGCACAGCAGGUUAAUGCAAUCUUAUUCUUGGCGGGCUUGCUUGCAUUGGCACAGAGUUUUUUUUUACGUCAUUUUUGUUUUUCUUCACAAUUUCUGGAUUAAAAACAGCUGAAAUAUGCAAGUCUUUUUAAGUAGUUCAUCUAAAUCACUGUUGAAAUUCAAAACAACUUUAAAUUCAAACUUAUAAUUAUAUAGAGCUACAAAUACAUAAAUUAUAUACAUUUAAAAAUAUAUAAUUUAAAUGAUAAAGCUAAGAUUAAUAUAUUCAAUUUGGUUUAAAAGAAUAAAA